AUGAGCAACGAUCAAAACGAAACUACAUCGCUUUCUAAUACGCAAAAAGUUAUAACUUCAUUAAUUGCUGGUGCUUUUGCAGGUGCUACAGCUAAAACAAUAAUUGCGCCAUUUGAUCGAGCUAAAAUUAAUUUUCAAGUUAGAAGAGAUAAAUUUAGUUAUAGUCGUUGUUUUAAAUUUAUACAAGACACAUAUCGAAACGAAGGUUUUAUUCGUUUAUAUCGAGGAAAUUCAGCAAAUUUAGCUCGUGUUAUACCUGCAGCAGCCAUUUAUUUUACAGCUCAUGAACAAUGGAAACGUCUUCUUAAUACAGAUAAAUAUGAAAAAACACCUGGUCGUCGAUUUAUUGCUGGUUCGUUAGCCGGUCUUACAUCAUCAACUAUUGUUUAUCCACUUGAUUUAGCACGAGCUCGUAUGGCAGUAACUAACAAAACUGUGUAUACUAAUUUAUUCACCGUCUUUCGAAUUAUUCUACGAACUGAAGGUGUUGUAGCCUUAUAUCGAGGUGCACUAUCAUCAAUGAUUGGUGUAUUACCUUAUUCUGGUUGUGUUUUUUUUACUUAUGAAUCUCUCAAACAUAUUCGCUUAGACUAUCAGUCUCAUCGUCCUAUUACUACAACAGAACGAAUGGUAUUUGGAGCUAUAUCUGGUCUUAUUGGUCAAACUGCUUCUUAUCCAUUUGAUGUUGUUCGACGACGAUUACAAACAGCUGCCGUUAUUCGACCAGAUGAACGAUCACUUGGUGCAAUAGCAACAACACGUAAAAUAAUUCGUGAAGAAGGUAUAACUUGUGGUCUAUAUAAAGGUGUAACAAUGAAUUGGUUGAAAGGACCUAUAUCUAUGACAACAAAUAUAUCAUUGUCUUUUACGGAUUUACCAUUACUUGUACAAGAAAAAAUAAUAAAAUCUUUUUCAUAUACAGAAUUAAGUCGUUUACGUUCAAUAUCAAAACAUUUUCAUCGAUUAUGUUCAGAACAACUUAAUCGAGGUUAUUUUCAACUUGAAAUCAUUAUUCAUGAUUUACAAAAACAAAUUAAAACAAAAUUACCACGACGAGAAUCGGAACGACAUAAACAUCCUCUAUCAACAAAAUUUGAUAUAAUAUCUUCUCUUGAUUCUCGUAUUCAAUGGCUUAAAUUAACAUUUGGUUCGGCUAUACAAAAUUCAUACUGUUGUUUUUAUCCGGGUCGAUUACUUGAUGAAAUUUAUUCAGUAUUAGAUCGUUUAAAAAUACAACAAUCAUUUUCAAAUCCAUGUACACUUUUACAAGAAACACGUGAUAUGUCAUCAAUGGCAAUUGAACAUUUUCGUGAACAAAUUAAACCAAAAUUACAAUCAUUACGUAUUACUUCAUUAACAACUAUUCGUAAUAAUGUUUCAACAUUUUCAACAACUAAUAAUAAUUCAUUAUCUCAUUAUCAUAAACGAUCAACAAAUAGAAUACUUCGUCGACAAAUUGAUAUAUUAAAUAAUCGAAUUUAUAAACAAAAUUUUGUUAUUAAAUCUCAAAAAUAUCAAAUGAAACAUUAUAAACAAUUAUUACAUAUGCGUACAAAAUCUUUAAUUAAUCAUCAUAAACGUUUAAAAUAUCUUGAAAAAAAAAGUAAAGAAUCUGAACAAAUGUUACUUGAAAUACGAAAAGAUAAUGAUACAUUAUUACAACGACUCGAUCAAUUUAUUUUAGCAUAUGAUAAUAUAUCAACUGAAAUAAAUAAUAAAAAAUCUGAUGAAAUAUUUUCUCAAAUAAAUAUGAGUCUAAAACGUAGAAAAAUUGAUUAA